AUGAAAAAAUAAUUUCAAUUCUAAAAGAAAAAUAAAGAAUGGCAAUAGGAAUUUUAGGAUGUAGAUGAUUAAGCAGUACUAGAGAAAAUUUAAUUGCCUCCCUCUGAAGAUGAAGAAUAGCCAGUUGAAUAAUAAUAAUAACAAAAUCAGUAAAAGAGUUAGGAAGAUGGAGAUGAGAUUGAAAUAGUGGAAGAAAAGGAGGAGGUUGUUGAACAAUCAAAUCAGAAAUAAAAAAAAAUAGAAUGGCUAGACUCCGAUAUUGAAGGAGUAGAUGAAAUCGAUGAUGAAGAAGAAUUGAUAGAAGAUGCUGAUGAAGUUGAUCAUGAUCAGAAAACCAUUUUUGUUUAAGGACUUCCCUUAAAAAUAAGUGAUAAAGAGAUCAUUGAUUUCUUUUCGUAAUACGGAACAAUUGUGUCGAUAGAAAUUCCUCGAAAUGAAGGAUCUUAAUUUACUAAGAGAAGAGCAUUCGUUGAAUAUAACACUGUCAGUGAAGCAUAGAGUGUGGCCAUGCUUGAUUUAGAAUUGAAGGGAUGCCAACUUAAAAUCAGAAUUGGGAUUUAACAGAAUGAGUUAAAUAAUAAUAAUAAAUAAAAAAAUAGGAGUAGAAGUAGAAGUUAAUCGAAAUGA